AUGUUUGAGAAACUAGGCCUUAAAAGAAAUGGCUACACGGUUAGCAACUAUAUUUAUGCCAUGUCGCAUAUACAUAUGCCUCAGUGGCUGGAGAGGUCACAUUUGGCUGACACGUGGAGCAAAGAUUCCAACUGGAUCGGCUAUGUGGCGGUCAGCGACAACGAGGAGACACGUAGGAUCGGGCGGAGGGAUAUUGUGGUGGCGUGGCGUGGAACCGUGGCACCCUCGGAGUGGUACGAGGAUAUGCAUAGGAAGUUGAAGCCAUUUGGGCAAGGGGAUGCUAAAGUCGAACAUGGGUUUCUUAGCCUUUACACAAGCAAGAAUGAAUCUACAAGGUACAACAAGACAAGUGCCUCAGAGCAAGCAAUGAAAGAAGUGACAAGGCUUGUGGAAAUGUACAGGGAAAAAGGUGAAGAAGUAAGCCUUACGAUCACCGGACAUAGCUUGGGUGGCGCGCUGGCUCUGCUCAAUGCUUACGAAGCCGCAGCAACCAUUCCCAACCUUCCCGUCAACGUGAUUUCCUUCGGCGCACCGAGGGUCGGCAACGUUGGUUUCCGAGACGAGCUUCAUCAGCUGGGAGUCAAAACACUGAGGGUGGUAAUCAAGCAAGACGUAGUCCCUCGGAUGCCGGGGCUUGUUUUCAACGAGAGCUUACAAAAGUUUGAUGAUAUCACCGGAUCAUUGGAAUGGGUUUACACCCACGUCGGAGCCGAACUGAAGCUCGACGUUCGGUCAUCGCCGUACCUCAAGCGUGGGUUCGACUUGAUGGGGUUCCAUAGCCUGGAGACAUACCUUCAUCUUGUGGACGGGUUUCUUAGUAGUGCCACAACAUUUCGGUCUGGUGCGAGGAGGGAUGUUGCGUUAGUGAACAAGGCGUGUGAUAUGUUGGUGGAUGAGCUUAGGAUCCCACGUUGUUGGUACCAAUUGGCCAACAAGGGAUUAAUACGUAAUGCUCAUGGUAGAUGGGUAAAACCAAAGAGAGAUGCAGAAGACAUACCUUCACCUGCUGGUAGGGAAGAAAGUACCGUGAAUGUUCUUGCAGUUGGAAUGCAAGCACAAGAUGCGCGCAGUUAA